AUGCAGCUAGCCAGCUUUGGUUUGACAGCAUCCGAUCAAAUAUCUGUUUACUUUUCAUUCCAGUUCCUAACAAACUCUCCCUCGCAACAUCAACACUCGCCGUCUGUCGGUGGUGGCGGGCAUCACUUGCACGCUAACGCGUUGGCUCUCCAACAGAAACAGCGCUCGUUCCUGGCGUUCGGAUUCGGCGCGAGUGCAGCGCCCUCUAGGCGGGAGUCGCACGUCAACGUCAAUGUGACGCCCACAUCGCACGAGGUGUCGUCCGACACGCCAGAGAUACGCAAAUACAAGAAACGGUUCAACAGCGAAAUAUUGUAA